AUGAGGGCCAUCAAUAAUUUAUUGAUACUAGUCGUUGUACAAUAUAUUUUAUUAAUCGUUUCUCUAGAACCAGAAUACCCUUCAAAAAAUUUUGUGGUCAGACUGAACAAGUUAUUUAUCUACGACAAACAAAGAAUCUCAGAAAAUGAUUACUGUGGAGAUUCUAGGAUAUUUUGUGAUAAGGACGAUCGGAUCUCUGAGGUCUUAUUGGAACAUGCUCACCUAUCCAAGUUCCCUUCAUUCAUCACGAUGAUCAACGAUACACUAUCUAAAUUCACAUAUAGAGGUCUAAAAGGUGAAAUUCCAAGUCAAAUCUAUGAACUGACAGAACUGAGGCUUCUGAGGCUAAUUGAUGGGGACUGCCCCGUUAAUUUGAGCGACAACAUUGGAAAGCUGCUACAUUUGAAAUACCUUAACUUAGGCAACUUAGGUAUGCGUGGUAAGGUACCUAAUAGUCUGUACUCACUAACUGGGUUGACAUAUCUGGGUUUAGAAGGGAACAAUUUUACCGGUUUCUUGAGUGACGACAUUCAGAGACUGGCUUAUUUGUGGAUGCUUAAUUUAGGUAGAUCAGGUUUGUCUGGCCCGAUACCUAAUGGCUUGUACACGCUGACCCUCUUAGCGUCAAUAGAUUUGUCGGAUAACAGUUUUAACGGCUCUUUGAGUAACAGCAUUGAGGGUAUGAGUGGAUUGUAUAGAAUUCGAUUAAGCAACUCAGGUCUGUCUGGUUCGAUACCUGAUCGUCUAUAUUCGUUGAAGAGACUGAGAUACCUGGACCUUUCUAACAACGGUAUCAGUGGGGUUUUGUCGCCUAAUAUUGAUGGUCUAGUUGAUGUGGUGGAGAUGAAUCUGAGUUAUAAUCGAUUGGGAGGUCCUAUACCGAAGGGAAUCGCCAAGCUAACUAGGCUUAGAACUUUGUUACUGCAAGGGAAUCGGUUUGAAGGUGACAUUCCUAAUUUUAGUAGCAUGAGAAAUUUAGUACAUAUGGAAAUUACCUCAACCCGCCCCCUGAAUGCCAAGUGUGAUGACGGGGUUUUACCUCCAAAUAUUUCUAGGAACGAAUGCUUAAUUGGACCUGUAAGUGUGUUGUGCAAUAAUGUCACUCGCUGUAGAUACACUGAUGGGUCUACAGGUAAGUCAUCUGUUGGCUCGAUGUUGCACACAUACAGAUUGAAGAUGAUUGCUGUAGUGUUAGUAUGUAUAGGUGGAAUAGAGAUAAUGUUAGAUUAG